AUGGAGGAUCGAUUCAGAGGGCAAACCCUAGGCGAAGAGACCCUCGAGGAGGCUGUCGUGAAGGAGCUCAAAAAGUGGGAUGAGUUUGAAGAUAUUUUAGAGGAGAGGAAGCAUGUCAGUGACUUGAAAUUUGCAAUGAAGUGCUACACCCCUCUUUUCUACAAGGGAAUUACUCCGUGUAAGCCAAGUGAUAUUAAAUGUAGUGUUCUCGACUCUGAGGAGAUCCAUUAUGUCAUUAAACAGCUCUCCAAGGAGUCCCUUCAGUCUGUCGAUAUCCUCCGAGAGGAGGUUUGUGAGAUCUUGGAUGAAAUGAGUCAUAAGCUACGUCUAGGAGCCAUUCGGUUUUUCGCCUUUGCCCUGAGUAAAAUAUUUAAGCAGAUUUUUUCGAAGGUGUGUGUAAAUGAAGAAGGUAUUCAGAAACUUCAACGAGCCAUCCAGGAGUACCCCGUUGUCCUGCUGCCCAGUCAUCGGAGCUACAUUGACUUUCUGAUGUUGUCUUUUCUUUUGUACAACUAUGACCUGCCUGUGCCAGUUAUAGCAGCAGGAAUGGAUUUCCUGGGAAUGAGGAUGGUGGGCGAACUGCUGCGCAUGUCGGGCGCCUUCUUCAUGCGGCGCAGCUUCGGUGGCGACAGACUCUACUGGGCUGUGUUCUCUGAAUACGUGAAGACCAUGUUACGGAAUGGUUAUGCUCCUGUUGAAUUCUUCCUCGAAGGGACAAGAAGUCGCUCUGCCAAGACGUUGACUCCUAAACUCGGUCUCCUGAAUGUUGUGCUGGAACCAUUUUUUAAAAGAGAAGUUUUUGAUACCUACCUUGUCCCGAUUAGCAUCAGUUAUGAUAAAAUAUUGGAAGAAACUCUUUAUGUGUAUGAGCUUCUAGGGGUCCCUAAGCCAAAAGAAUCUACAACUGGGUUGUUGAAAGCCAGAAGGAUUCUCUCUGAAAAUUUUGGAAACAUCCAUGUGUACUUUGGAGACCCCGUGUCACUUCGAUCUCUGGCGGCUGGGAGGAUGAGCCGGAGCCCAUAUAACUUGGUUCCAAGAUACGUUCCACAGAAACAGUCCGAGGACAUGCAUGCCUUCGUCGCCGAAGUCGCCUACAGAAUGCAGCUUCUGCAAAUUGAAAACCUGGUUCUGAAUCCCUGGGCCCUGAUGGUUGCUGUUUUGCUUCAGAACCGGCCGUCCAUGGACUUCGAUGCUCUGGUGGAAAAGACUCUAUGGCUAAAAGGCUUAACUCAGGCAUUUGGAGGUUUCCUCACCUGGCCCGAUAACAAGCCUGCUGAAGAGGUGGUCCAGUCCAGCCUCCUCCUGCAUUCCAACAUCGCCAGUCUCGUCAAAGACCAGGUGAUUCUGAAAGUGGAUUCCGGAGACUCAGAAGUGGUCGAUGGACUGAUCUUCCAGCACGUCACUCUCCUCAUGUGCUCAGCAUACAGGAACCAGCUGCUCAAUGUUUUUGUCCGUCCGUCCUUAGUAGCUGUAGCGUUGCAGAUGACACCUGGGUUCAGGAAAGAGGAUGUCUACAGUGGCUUUUGCUUCCUGCGCAACGUUUUUUCAGAUGAGUUCAUCUUCCUUCCAGGAAAUGCACUGAAGGACUUCGAAGAAGGCUGUUACCUGCUUUGUAAAAGCCAGGCCAUACAAGUGACGACGAGGGACAUCCUAGUUACAGAGAAAGGAAAUACUGUGUUAGAAUUUUUAAUAGGACUCUUUAAACCUUUUGUGGAAUGUUACCAGAUCAUUUGCAAAUACCUCUUGAGAACAAAACGUAGCGAUCAAAGUUGUCUUUUCCUUCUAGUUGCUGCAAUAACAAGCUUGUUAUUCUUUUCUCCUAGAAAUAAUGACUGUGUAUUUAGUGUGAAUGAACCUGCCACAGCCAAAUUAGAAGAAAUGCUUGGUUGUAAAGUGCCCAUAGGAAAACCAGCCACUGCGAAACUUUAAUAACCGCCAAACAGUUACGGAAGAUUUGGUCACCUAGUCACUGUCAUCAGAGGACUCUUAUUACAACAGACAGGGAAGCAGGAAGAGAUGCACCUCUUGUCCUUGUAAGACGGAGAACAGCGGACUCGGGAGAGAGGAGAGUGUCCCGGGUGAGCGGUCGGUGUGAUCUCCCCAGCACGGUGGCUGAGAAGCGUUUGCAUCCAACUCUUGAGAGGUUUAAAAUAAAACAAUCUUUUGGAAACAUGUUUGGAAAA